AUGGAUGCUUUGUCUCUGACCUCCAUAUCUGUAGCAUCAAAAUGGGUUGUAAAAGCGUCCGAUAAAAAUAAGCAGAAACAAGUGUAUUGUCACCAAGUUGGUGGUGGUCCUCAUGCAAUAAAAUCAAGUGGUAUGUCUUCUGUUUUGAUUGAAAAAUCAACUGUGAUUAGCACAGAUCAUGGAAGGGGCAUAAUGGAAUCUGGCAAUGUAGUUUCAACCUCAAAUGGGAAUACCCAGGCUACAGCAGAUAUUGCAGUCAAGGAUUUGGUACCAUAUGGUGGUGGUUCAUCUACUCUGGUGGAUAGGCAUGAUGAUCAUGACGAUGGCAUUGGCAUUGUUAAUUUUCUUAGAGGAAAAUCUCUUCUCAUUACUGGUGCAACUGUUCUUAUUGAGAAGAUACUACGGACAGCACCUGAUGUUCGUAAGAUAUUCGUUUUGAUCAAGGCAAAAAACAAUGAAGCUGCAAUGGAGAGAUUGAAAAAUGAAAUCAUUAAUGCAGAACUUUUCAAGUGUCUGAAAGAAACCCAUGGGAAAUCUUAUCAGCCUUUCAUGUUGAGCAAGUUGGUCCCCGUUCUUGGAAAUGUCUCUGAAUAUAAUCUUGGAUUCGAUGGAGAUAAAGCUGAUAUGAUGGGAAAAGAGGUUGACAUAAUCGUAAAUUCAGCAGCUAAUACAACUUUUGAUGAAAGGUAUGAUGUUGCCCUUGAUAUUAACACUGGCGGACCUACCCGUCUCAUGAACUUUGCAAAACAGUGCAAGAAACUUAAACUCUUCAUACAAGGGCGAGUGAUGGAGAAACCUUUCUGCUUAGGAGAUAGUAUAGCAAUGGAGAGUCUUUCAGGAAACCAACAAAUAUCCCUUCCUACGUUGCAAGUUGAGGAUGAAAUCAAGUUAGUUUUGGAAUCAAAACAGGGUUUCAAAGAUAAUGUACUGAUCCCGGGAAUGAAAGAACUCGGUUUACAGAGGGCAAACAAAUUCGGGUGGCAAGAUACCUAUGUAUUUACAAAGGCUAUGGGAGAAAUGAUGAUUGAUAGUAUAAGAGGUGACAUACCAGUAGUUAUAAUUAGACCAAGUGUAAUUGAGAGCACAUACAAAGAGCCAUUCCCUGGAUGGAUGGAAGGAAACAGGAUGAUGGAUCCAAUUAUUCUCUACUAUGGAAAGGGGCAACUUACAGGAUUUCUAGUAGAUCCCAAUGGAGUCAUUGAUGUAGUUCCAGCUGAUAUGGUGGUCAAUGCGACAUUAGCAGCCAUGGCAAAGCAUGGGGCAGCUGGAAAAUCUGAGAGCAAUAUCUAUCAAAUUGCUUCUUCUGUUGAGAACCCAUUAGUUUUCAAAGACCUAGCCAGGUUGCUCUAUGAACACUUCAACUCCUCGCCCUUCACCGACUCAACAGGGACACGAAUCCGUGUCCCAGAAAUGAAGCUUUUCAGCUCUAUGGAAGAUUUUUCAUCUCACCUUUGGAGAGAGGCACUUAAACGAAGCGGGCAAGGAGCUUUGACCAACCUUGAUGGAAAGUUGUCCCAGAAGCUCAAAAGUAUCUGCAAGAAAUCAGUGGAACAAGCAAAAUACUUGGCUAAUAUUUAUGAACCAUACACUUUCUACAGUGGAAGGUUUGACAAUAGCAACACAAAAAGACUGAUGGGAUACAUGUCCAAGGAGGAAAGCCAUCAGUUCGGGUUUGAUGUUGAGAGCAUAGAUUGGCAAGAUUACAUCUCUAAGGUCCACAUUCCAGGAUUAAGGAGGCACGUGACAAAGGGUAGAUGA